UAUAACUAGUAAUGAUCGAUAAUAAAAUAAAGUGAGAAAUUUACGAUCGGAUGGAAAAAAAACGGAAAAAAUGGUUACAAUCAACCUAAAUGUUGGUAUCGUAUAUAAAGUCGAUGAAUAAUGGAAAAAAAAGUUCCAACAACAUUCACGAACAUAACGGGCAAAACACUAAAGUUUCGAUCAUCUUCUUCAAUUGUAUCAACAGAUAAACUAAAAAUGAUUAAAUAUUCACUUUUGGCAAUCACCAUAAUCAUCGUUUAUUUUUCAUCAUUUACAACCAAUAUUGUUGAAGCUGGUGGUAAAGAUAAAGGUGACGAUAUAGUAAUUAUCGGUGGUGAAGAUGGCUGUCCACCACAAUUAUUGAUGCGUGGUGGUGGUAAAAAAAAGAAAUCCGGUGAACUACUAAUGAUUAAUCCAUGUCAUAAAAAGAAGAAAGAAUAUAUCGCUAUACCAUAUCCAUCAUAUCCAUCAUAUCCAUCAUAUCAUGAAGAAUCAUAUAAACCAAGUUAUGAACAUAUGUAUGAAUCGAAAUAUGAACCAAAAUAUGAUUCAGAAGCGGCCGAUAUUGAUGCAGCUGAUGAUGGUGGUGCUGGCGGUGGUGGUGGUGGUGCUGGUGGUGGUGAUUAUCCAAUCGAUGAUGAUAAAUUUGGUAAUUAAUUAGUUUAACAUUCAUUAUAUUGAAUUGAAAACAAUGCACACAAACACAUUGAAAACAAAACAUCAACAAUCAAAUCAAACUUUGAGCUGGCUCAUCAUUGUUUUUUUUCCUGUCUUUUGUCAUUUUCAUUUACUAAUUACUAAUUGUUUACUUGUUUAAAAUUUGAAUCUUUGUCAUUUUGU